AUGAUCAAAGAUUCAAAAACAUUCCUGAAGAACCCCUUUGUAUUCGAUGUUAGCAAUUUACCAACAGAAGACAAUUUAAUUCAAGAACAGUUCAUUGAUUUGGCCAAUGAUCGAGGUGCAAAAUGUUUUUUCUGUGAAAUGAGCUGUUCUAACUUUUGGAUUGAAAUGGCACAGUCAUAUCUUGAUGUUGUGAAGAUCUCUCUUAAACUAUUGAUGCCAUUUCCAACUACCUAUGAGUGUGAGACCACGUUUUCCACUUUCUUUGCCAUCAAAACUAAGUCACAAAAUCAACUGGAUGUCACUUCAGAAAUGAUGGUUGCUUUCUCCAGAACAGAGCCGAACUCAGAAGAGCUGGUUACUUUGCUGUAA